AGCAGGUUUAGUCCUCUAUUCCUGAGAAAAGCAAGUCUUACCAGACAUUUCCUCUCUCACCUGGCUUCUCUCUCUUCUCCUUUACCUCUUUGCACAAUAAAGAGUAUUUCAUGAAUAUAUACUCGCUCGAAAAGCCAAAGACUCAAAGAUGUCUCGAACCCCAACACUCACCGCCGAGGCGCGUGCGCGACUGGAGGCACUUGGCGCUCCUGCUGUCGAUGGUCCAAAGCCAGGAUGGUGUACGCUCACAGGUGGAUCAUACACCACUUCGUCCACCGCGAGUAGUGGCAACAGCAAAGGGGACAAACCUGUUACGGUUCCAAGCUACAUUGAAAGUCUAGAGACUCUGGAGUACUUUGGCUUUGAAGAAUCGACAGCCAACAGAAUCUGGGACCGUUAUAUCAAAUACCAUGACGAAACACUUGAAUUUAUGGAUUUUGUUACUGGGCACCUUCAAGGAUGCCAGGAUGCCAUUGCGAAGGACGAUGACUGGAACAAAGCCAUGGAAGAAAUGGGCAUCGGCAAGCGCCUGAGAGAGGCCAUUUUGGAUCCAGAUUUUGACGAGAUUCGUCUGACUGGAUCUGCUAGGACCUGGGUCCUUGAUACCAUCCAAAACAGUCGCUCAUAUUUGAAAAUGAUGUCUCCGUGUAUUACGGGACGUGUUGAUGUGGACACCCGUUAUUGGCCAAGACCUGAUUUACACCCUUGAUUGUAGCAAGAUUUGAAUGGGACGGCAUGAGGAGGAUAAAUGAAACAGGCAUCAGAUCAUCUUCUCAGUUUUGGCUCCACUAUGAGUGUCUUUAAAUACCAAGCUUGAUGAUUUGAGCAACGGAUAACGAUGAUUAAGGGCAGGGUCAAAGCACUACCAACACAGGGAAAAGCUACAGAGACUAUUUUGUUUUGUUUUCCUUAAAAGCUAUGUGCAUGUAUUUGUUUGCCAGAAUCACAUAGCAAAACUGAUGAAAUACAAGAUAAAGAGUUUCACUUGAGAAUCAUGUAUUUCUUUGUAUAACUAUCAUGCACAAGGAUAUAUUCAUAAUCAUGUGCUGAUAUUAGUUUAUCAAUAGUCAACCAGAAGC